AUGAUAGGCCAGCAGAAGCUUCUCCUCCUGUGGGCAUGGAUGUUGCUGGUGGCAGCACUGUGCCCUGGUGCCCUAUGUAAACGCGGGGGUGGAUUCAGGGGCUGGGGAAAGGGUACAGGGGUGGGAAGCAAAGGGCCCCCCUCCCAGAGUCAUGGCUCCUCCAAGCAGGGGCUGAAGAUGGCAGGGGCAGCAGCCGCUGGGGCACUGGGUGGGGCUGCCAUUGGCUACGGGCUGGGGUCACUCGGUAGGCCAAGAAAUGGCUACAGGGGAGGUGGGUAUGGCUACGACGCAGACUCAUCCUCAGAGGACCAGAGAUUCCACUAUCCUGAAGGUCAAGGGUUUCACAACCAGUCUGACUGGCGUCGCUACAGAAACGCUGCUGGCCCCGGACCUGGACCCAUGAGUAGCAUCCUCCUCACACUGGGAUCAAUGGUGCCUUUCUUCUUAGGGGACUGGAUAAGGGGAAUCUAG